UCGCGCCUUGCCCGGCCCCGCCCGCCAUGCCGGCGUCGGAGUUUCCUUGGGGCAGAGGUGGCAGCUGCUGGGCGCCUCAUCGCCGCUUCGCGCGCCCCCUCCCCUCUCUCUCGCUCUCUCCUUCUCUCGCUCUCCCCCUCGCGCCCUCAGGGGAGGGAGGGCGGAACUAACCGGUUCCGAGAGGCAGCAGAAGGGAGCGAGAGCGCCAGACGCGCGCGCCCCGGGCACCUUCGGCUCACCUGCCCGGCAGCGGCAACAGCGGCGGCGGCGGCGACUCCAGAAUGGAAGGGGACCGUCUGGAACCCGCCGUUACCAUUAAGAAUAUUGAACGGGAACUUAUCUGCCCAGCAUGCAAGGAGUUAUUUACCCAUCCACUAAUUCUCCCUUGUCAACACAGUAUCUGCCACAAAUGUGUAAAAGAAAUUCUUUACUUCACAUUUGAAGAUUCAUUCAAUGAUGCUGCCUCAGAAACGUCCAAUCAAAGUAGCCCUCGCAAUCGAAUGCAUUCCCCUAGCUUGGACAAAAUUGACAGGGUUAAUAGAUCAGGUUGGAAACGCAAUUCUUUGACUCCAAAGACUACCUUCCCUUGUCCUGGAUGCCAACAUGACAUAGACCUGGGAGAGCGUGGCAUCAAUGGCCUAUUUCGCAACUUCACUUUGGAGACUAUUGUAGAACGGUACAGGCAGGCAGCAAGGGCAGCUACAGCCAUCAUGUGUGAUCUCUGUAAACCUCCACCACAAGAAUCCACAAAGAGCUGCAUGGAUUGUAGUGCAAGUUACUGCAACGAAUGCUUCAAAAUACAUCAUCCCUGGGGAACUUUAAAAGCGCAGCAUGAAUAUGUGGGACCAACCACCAACUUCAGGCCUAAAAUUCUUAUGUGUCCAGAACAUGAAAUGGAAAGAGUAAACAUGUAUUGUGAACUAUGCAGAAGGCCUGUUUGUCAUCUUUGCAAAUUGGGUGGCACACAUGCAAACCACAGAGUGACUACAAUGAGCAGUGCCUACAAAACACUCAAGGAAAAGCUUUCAAGGGACAUAGACUACCUCAUUAGUAAAGAAAGCCAGGUGAAAAGCCAGAUUGCAGAACUUGGUCUUUUAAUGAAAGAAACAGAGUGUAAUGGUGAAAGAGCUAAGGAAGAGGCAUCAAAUAACUUUGAUAAGUUGUUUGAUGUUCUGGAAGAGAGGAGGGCAACUGCACUCAGGGCUAUUGAAGCUUCAAAAAACAUAAGACUGGAGAAGUUGCAUUCUCAAAUAGAAGAGUAUCAGGGACUUCUUGAAAAUAAUGGUCUGGUGGGAUACGCCCAAGAAGUUCUCAAAGAAACAGACCAGUCUUGUUUUGUUCAAACAGCAAAGCAGCUUCAUGACAGAAUUCAGAAAGCAACUGAAUCUUUGAAGAGUUUCAGACCUGCAGCCCAAGCUUCUUUUGAAGAUUACAUUAUUGACAUAACAACACAACAGGAGGCUCUUGGAGACUUGGCUUUCCAGUCAAGUGGUCUUGAUAUACCAGAAAUUAACGAAGAACAGAGCAGAAUGUAUAAUAAGGCUUUGAUUUCUUGGGAUCAUCCACAGAAAGCAAGUUCAGCUGAUACUUAUAUGCUCGAGUACCGUAAACUCAACAGAGAAGAAGCUAACCCAACAUGGCAUGAGAUUGAAGUCUUUAGCAAGAGUGAAAUAAUUUCUGACCUUGACACGAACAGCAUUUAUGCUUUCAGAGUCAGAGGAUACAAAGGAUCUAUCUGUAGCCCUUGGAGCAGGGAAGUGAUCUUGCACACACCACCAGCUCCAGUUUUUAGUUUUCUUUUCGAUGACAAGUGUGGAUUCAACAGUGAACAUCUCAUGCUGAAUGCGAGGAGAAAUGUUGUGGAAAGCAGGGCUGGAUUUCCUUUGCUUUUGGGAGCUGAACGUAUUCAGACGGGCUGCUAUACUACCUUAGACUACAUUGUUGGAGAUACUGGUAUUGUGAAAGGAAAGCAUUUCUGGGCUUUCCAUGUGGAACCCUAUUCAUAUCUUGUGAAAGUAGGAGUUGCAUCUGAUGCUAAGAUCCAAGAAUGGUUCCAUAAUUCUCGUGAUAUAAUUAGCCCAAGAUUACAGUUGCGUGAUACUAUCAGGGAAAGAAACUUCUUUCAUCAAGAAGAGAAGGGCCAAAAAGAGGAGGAGGGGGGAAGAAUGGAGAAAAGGUAUGAGCAAGAUAGUGGUCAUGACAGUGGAAGUGAAGACAUCUUCAUCGAGUCCUUGCAGCCUUUCACACUAGUAACCUUGGGUAUGAAGAAAUUUUUUAUUCCUAAGGCAUCUCCUGUUUCAGCUACUCUAAAAGAUUCUGGGAAUAGAAUUCUUCCCAUGCCAUCAUGCAUUGGUAUCUGCCUUGAUUGUGAUAAAGGCAAAGUAGGAUUCUAUGAUGCAGACCGAAUGAAGUGUCUUUAUGAGCGUCAGGUGGACUGCUCUGGUAAAAUGUAUCCAGCUUUUGCAUUGAUGGGGAGUUCAGGAAUUCAUCUGGAAGAAACAAUUGCGGCAAAAUAUUUGCAAUACCAAGAUGACGACGUGUAAUGCCCAAGGAUCCAUCUUUUGCAUUAUGUCUUAAUUACACCGUAUCUCCUAAGUGCUUUUGCUGCACCCCUGCUUUUCAGUCUUUCUGUUCUCCUUCUGUUUUUUAGCUACACAGAAAAAUAUCAGUUUCUACCAAAUGUAAUGCUCAGAAGAUAUUACUGAAGUCACCCUUGACUGCUUUUUGCCAUGUUGUGACCCUGGAUAAUUGGAUUAGCAGCCUUGCUGCCUAUCUGGAAAUCUACAUAAUUUUAAAUACUUACACAGUUGGCAUUCACAUUCCAUUUUUUAAAAUGGAAACAGGCUCCACGUAAUAAUGCCAUUUCUUGUGGUUAUACAUUAGAUACACUCACUUCAGAAGGAGCUUAUUUUGUCUAUAUUAAGUGGUCAAGUGUCUUAAUAACUAUGUUUGUGUGGGAACAAAGUACAUUGUGAAUCCACACAGCAAUAGAAAACUGGUAACAUUUGGGUGAUGAAUGUUGAGUCACAAUGUUAGUGUCUAAAAUUUAUUGUGGCUUGUACAACUUUUUAAAAUUGGUAUAGUUGUAUCAAUGAUUAAUAGCAAAGUUCUUAUGCACGUUUUCAGUAUUGUAGGUUAUCUCCUAUAUACUGUAUUUAAAUAUAUUUAAAUAAGUGCAAUUUCUCUUGAAGCAUCAGACUUGGGUCUUUAAAAUGCUUAUGAAAUGGUCUUCUGGAAGGGAUAAAAAUGCAGUCAUACGUAGUAGAUUUUUUAAAAACAGAAACAUUUUUGCUGGUACAUUUUAUACCUUCAUAAAUAAGAGUUUAGUGUGUUUAGAAUAAACACACUGAUAACAUUCAAGACACUUUUGCUGUUAACCAGAAAGUAGGCUUUACAAAAUGUUCUAAAGAUCCAUAUAGUCUGCUUAGAAGGUGAUAAAUGUUGUUCUGAAACGGUCUAUGAAGCACUGCCAUUCUGAUCAUAAUUUUGUUUUCGUGGAAAUAAAUGUGUGGUAUAUUUUGCUGAAUAUUGUUUCAAAAAAUACCUAGCACCAGUUUCCUAGGAUCUGACCACCUCUGAUCAUUCUGGAUCAUAGACUAUGGCCCAAAACAUUAGUUUUUGUUUAUUUAUGAGAUUCUAACUAAGCCAUAACUUAUUUAUUGAACAGUCAACUGAUAUUCUACUUUACAAAUUCUUAAUUGUAAUUUAAUCAGUCAGUGGGUUUGAACAGUACUGCUUCUUUUAUGCACAAUACUUUUUGAAUUAAAAAAGUGAUUAUUUCUAAGAAUUAGUGGAAUGCUCCAAAAAUAAUGUUUGCGUUUAAGGGACCAGGAAAAGGUGUAUCCAUCUGCCAGUACAAAGGUUCUUGCUUUCCACCAGAAUGGAAAAAUUAUAAACAGUCUAGAAGGGGUUGUGUUGAUUUUUUAAAAGGAAAAUCCCCUUUUCUAUCUUAGAGCACUUUACAGGCAGACUAACCUAAAACUUGUUUGGCUCAUUCACAAUAUAGCUGUUGUAACUAACAGAUCUGUUAGUGACUGCUGUGUGAGCUGCAGAGUUCUAUACAAGUACACAUCAUGUAGACAAUUUUCAGAAGAUAUCUGAAGCUUUAAUAUAAACCAUAAGGCCUUGUUUGAAAAUAUUGUGAAGUGGAAAUGUAACUUCUGCAAUAUUUUUUCCUAAUAAAAUACAACAAAUAAAACGGCCUGUUCUUA